AAAACAAAACGUAAGUUAAUUUCUCUUAUGAUACUUUCAUAUGGACACGGGAAAAGCCCCUUCCCUUCCUAGCCUUGGCUCUCACUUUCAAAUUCCCGACCUCUUUCUAGCGCCGAAAUUACCAGCACGCAGAGCAAGGACAGCAUUGGCCGCUCGGCCACUGACCCAAAUGGAAAUCGGCGGAUUAGACUCAGAUGGCCGUGAAUUUAGAAACGCGGACGAGAUGUGGAGAGAAGAAGUAGGAGAUGGUGACCACCAAAAGAAGUCUCAAUGGUAUAACAAAGGCAUCAAUUACUGGGAAGGUGUGGAAGCCACAGUGGAUGGUGUGCUAGGCGGAUAUGGGCAUGUGAAUGAGGCUGAUAUAAAGGCAAGUGAGGAAUUUCUCAACACCAUUUUGGCAGAAAGGUUCCUUGAUGCUGGAAGAGGCCGCCAUAUUGUAGCUCUGGAUUGUGGAUCUGGCAUUGGAAGGGUUACCAAGAAUCUUCUUAUACGAUAUUUCAAUGAGGUCGACCUUCUAGAGCCUGUAUCACAUUUUUUGGAAUCAGCCCGGGUAAAUUUGGCUCCUGAAAAUUUAAUGGUGUCAGAGUUGCACAAAGCUGCCAAUUUUUAUUGUGUUCCACUCCAGGAAUUUACCCCUGAUGCUGAAAGAUAUGAUGUUAUUUGGGUUCAGUGGUGUAUUGGGCAUCUUGCAGAUGAUGACUUCAUUUCAUUCUUCAAGAGAGCAAAGGUCGGCUUGAAACCUGGUGGACUUUUUGUUCUAAAAGAGAACAUUGCAAAAACAGGAUUUGUCUUGGACAAAGAAGAUAAGAGCAUCACAAGAUCAGAUUCAUACUUUAAGGAGCUGUUCAAUCAAUGUGGACUAUACAUCUACAAGAUGAAGGUAAAGAUGAAGCCUUUACUUCUAGUUCAUGUGCCAUAAGGGAAGUCUUGAGAAAAAAGGGAAAGUUUAUGUGUCCUAUUUUCCAUGUCAUUGGAAUUUUUUAUUACUUAGCUUGUACAGUGCUUAGGUUGUAACUUUUAGGAAAAGAAUGUUUUCUUCUAAUGGUUUCGGUGCAUCAUUUUGUCCCUCUUUCUAUAAGACGGAGGUGACAAACACAGCAUUACUUCCAUCUCAUGUGCCAUAUGAAAAUCAUGAUUUUCUUCCAUGGUCACUAACUUUGUUACUUGGUUUUAGUAGUGCAUAACAUUUUAACUGUCACAAGAUGAUAAAUUUCUUCAGAUGGGAGCAUAAUUUUGUUUCGUCUC